UCGUGACGUCACAUAAAUGGCGACUGGUAUUACGCUGCUUUGUCGGGAAUAAUUUACUCAGUUUGUUUUAUUGUUUACCAGCUUUACUGUAAAUUCGAAUCAUGUUGAUUACAGUAAAAACUCUGCAGCAACAGAGCUUCAAAGUUGAAGUGGAUCCAGAAGAAUUGGUCAAGGUCCUCAAAGAAAAAAUAGAGGCAGAAAAAGGCAAAGAAGGAUUUCCUGCAAGUGGACAGAAACUGAUAUAUGCAGGAAAAAUUUUGGAAGAUGACAAGAAAGUUGCAGAUUACAAAAUUGAUGCAGAGAAGAGUUUCUUGGUUGUUAUGGUGACAAAGCCAAAAGCAGCAACACCUGCUGCCAAACCUGCUGAGACUGUUACUGCGCCUCCCCCAGCACUGGUUGUAGAAUCGACACCCCCAGCACCACCUGUAGAACAACCAAAGCCAGAGCAAGAGAAAAUGGAGGAUAAACCUACCAGCCCUCCUGCUGCUACCGCUACCACAACAACAGCAUCGGCAACAGAAAGUACAGCCAGUACGACAGAGAGCAGCACAGCUACUGCAUCUGUGUCGGCAGAAAGCACACUAGUUACAGGCCAGGCUUAUGAAAACAUGGUUGCAGAGAUCGUCGGUAUGGGUUUUGAAAGGGAACGGGUCGUGCAAGCGUUAAGAACCAGUUUUAAUAAUCCUGACAGAGCUGUGGAAUACCUGCUUACAGGUAUUCCUGAAUUCCCAGCGGAACCUCCAGCACCAGUUCCUCCUGCUCCAACGCAGUCGGCCCCAGCCACAGCUCCCGCACCAGCCACAACCUCGUCAGGGAACGUCACUGCAAACCCAACACAAGGAGAGGAAGAUACCUUGGCAUUCCUUAGAACACAACCUCAGUUUAAUCACAUGCGAAGGCUUAUUCAUCAAAACCCUUCUCUUCUUCCUCAACUUUUACAACAAAUAGGUCAAUCAAAUCCCCAAUUAUUACAGCUUAUUAGCAGAAAUCAAGAACGAUUUAUUGAGAUGUUAAAUGAACCAAUUGGUGAAGAAGAACAGCAGGCUGAAGGUGGUGGCAUGCCAGGUGUAGGAGGAGCACCAGGAGCUAAUCCCAUGGGUCAGGGAUAUGUUCAAGUCACACCACAGGAAAAAGAAGCAAUAGAAAGAUUAAAAGCAUUGGGUUUCGGAGAAGGAAUGUGUAUUCAGGCAUACUUUGCCUGUGAGAGAAAUGAAGAAUUAGCUGCCAAUUUUCUAUUGUCCCAAAAUUUUGAUGAUGACGAUCAACAGAGCUGAUUCACCUUAAAGACUUUGUAUGUUUAGAGGAGCUACAUGAUGGAUGUAUCCAGCUUGUUACACAUAUUGACACAUUAUAUUAGCAGUACAUGAUACCUACAUGGAGAGUUCAGUGAUGGGUAACAGCAGGUCAUACAUCUGUGAAAUAGUGUCACGUUGAGAAAUCUGUUGGUGGUUCACAGGUUGUAUGGUAUUCUAUAUGACAGUGGUGUAGAGGUGGGGAGUCGCAGUGCCUCCCAUGUGACGCUGACAAUUUGGGGAGUUAUGUGGUAGUGAUUAAAUUCUAUUUACAUUUAUCAUUCAUCUCUUUGAUUCAACAAGUUGUCACCUAUAAACAUCCCUACAUCAGCUGUAGUUACAUAGAAUGCAAAAUCAUUUCUUUGCAUUUGGAGUAUAUACCUGUGAGCAUUUUGGUGAUUCGCUGUGUAAUUUUAAUGUGAAUUUCUUUUUUCUAUACAUUGGAUAUAUAAUUGCAGUCUGUCAUUACUUUGAUUUAUAUAUAUUUUCCCCAAAUUUGUUAUGUAAAAGUUAAUGCAUGAAUUGCUUGGUGAUGCUGUAACUUGUAGAAUUGUGUUCUUGCACACCAUGUUACCUCAUUUGAUAUCCGCCAAUGUCCAUUGGUAGAUUUCUUUAAUGAUGAGGUAAUUCUGUGUACUAGUUGUAUCUAGUAUACAGUUUAUUCAUGAUAUGUUUUCAAAAUGUUCAUGAAAUAAAGCCAGAUUUAUACUUAAUGCUUAACUUUUCAUCAUUUCUGUUUUUGGAUAGAUCACUGCAAACUCCUAAUCAGUUGUUAAUGCCGAUUUAUGAAAAAAAUAAUGAUGUUUUAAGGCUGAUCAACAAUGGUUUGCAUCUUGCUGCAAAAAUAACAUUCACAAAACUGGUUCUGUUAUACAGUUACUGGAGUAAUAUCAAACAUAUUUACUUUGAUCGGCUUAUACAAUCCCAAUUUUUAUCCCAAGAAAAAAGCUAAAUUGUUUUCCAUUUGCAAUGUAACACUUUGGAGUCUUCAACAGUAAUUUUACAAACUCAUCAAGUUCAACUACGAAGUUUUUUUUGGAUGCCAUUAUAAUUACAGUUCACAAUACGUUAUAACAGCCACAACACAAUUGUCUAUGUUGUUGGACAAGGACUAUUGGUAAUGUACAACAUGACAAGCUAGUGACAAUAAUGUACAACAUGACAAGCUAGUGACAAUAAGUUUUACUCUGUUACUCAUCCGGGAUAUCACUGUUUUGUGAGAUACAUAGACAGGAUAUGCUUCAUUAAUAUGCAUGUACGCUCACACCUGCUUUGAUGAGUUUCUGGUAAUUUUUAUGCGAACCACUUUUAAACAGCACAUCAAUAAAUAUUUAAUAUGAAGUAGGUCAGAUAGUUCCUAGCCUCGGUAAGGAAGUUAACAUACAGUAGGUGGCAUGUCUGGUACAUAAUACAGUCAAGGUUUGUUACUAAUAACUUGGAGAUCUAUAUUAUCAAAUGCUUAUUUAAGUUUUUGUUCUCAUUGCACUUUAUUAUACAGUGCAUUUUAGCCUGAAAUUCCCCAGCUUUUUUCAUAUUACAAAUUUAAAAAGUUUGACUAUUGGAGACUUUGUGUUGGGUGUGUUAGACAGACCUGUCACAACAUACCAAUAUAGUAAGUUUGGGAAACGAAACAAUUAAAAUAACAUUUGUAAUACCAAA